UUGAGCAGACGGUUUUUUGUUGUAGGCCUACUCUCCAAUUUUUGUCUAAUUGAUUAUUGGAGACGACCAAAUGCUGUGGCCGAGCUGAAAAAGUGUCCGGAGGUGAAGUGCGAGUGCGGAUCGCUGGGAGUAGUUGCUGGCGUUGGGGGUCCUAAGUGUAGCGGAGGAGCGGGGCUGGGCGGACCGAGGAGGCGAGCCGAGUGAAGCAAACGGGUCUCGCUAGGCAGAGCAGAGCCAGCCCAGGAGAGCGCUGGUGACCAGACAAGGAUCUUGGCCUUGCAGGGCUGGGGCCAGGCUGGACUCAAUUUACCUUGUCUAGUAGUUUAGUGAAGCCCUGAGCAAGAUGAGCCGCAGCGGCGAGGCGUCCAAAGUGAACGUGCCGGAUGAUUUGCGCGACAUUCUGCUCGAGUUCACCAUCAAUUACCUCCUGGAGCAGCCGCCGGACAUCAUCGACUACGCUGUCGACUUCUUCAAAAAGCUGCAAGAAAAUCGCCGGGCCGCUCCACCCAGGGAGAAUGCUCCAGUUUCUCCCGACGACUCUAUCCUCUCCAACGAAGAUGAGCCUCCUGUAGGAAGAUUCUCUAUCAGGAGGAAGUCAGUUUUUGCAGAACAGUAUGAUCCUGAGGAAGAUGACGAAGAAGAGGGUGCAAAGGUUGUUUUCCCUAAAUCAGAUGAGCAGAGGGCAAGAUUAGCCGACAGUGUUAAAAAUAUUCUGCUUUUCCGCUCAUUGGAUAAGGAGCAAAUGACAGAAGUUUUGGAUGCCAUGUUUGAGAAGAUUGUCACCUCUGGGGACUAUAUUAUUAGGCAGGGAGAUGAUGGUGACAACUUUUAUGUCAUAGAAAGUGGCAUUUAUCAUGCAUUUGUUUCUGAUGGCUCAUCAGAACCUAAGAAAGUCCACACUUAUGAAAACUGUGGUAGUUUUGGAGAAUUGGCUUUGCUCUACAAUAUGCCACGUGCUGCCACAGUUCAGGCAGCCUCUGCGGGAGCAUUGUGGGCCAUGGACCGUCAAACUUUCCGCCGCAUUGUGCUCAAAAGUGCUUUCCGUAAACGGAAGAUGUAUGAAAAGCUUAUUGAUUGUGUGCCAAUGCUCAAGUCUCUUCAGGCAUAUGAGCGCAUGAAUCUUGCUGAUGCUCUUUUGCCACGUCAAUUCAUUGAUGGCCAAUGCAUUAUAAGACAAGGUGCAUCUGCAGAUGGCAUGUACUUUGUGGAAGAGGGGACCGUUCGUAUUGCUAUUCAGGGUGAUAGCAGUAAUCAAAUAGAUAUAAACACAGUGCAGAAGGGUGGAUAUUUUGGUGAGCUAGCUCUGGUCACUCACAAACCUCGUGCUGCUUCUGUGUAUGCUGUUGGCAAAGUCAAAUUAGCUUUCCUGGAUGUGGAAGCUUUUGAGCGCCUCCUUGGGCCCUGCAUGGAGCUCAUGAAGCGCAGCAUAGACGAUUAUGAAGAUCAGCUCGUCCGCAUCUUUGGUUCCAAAAAUAACAUCACUGACAUCCGAUGAACUGUAAUCACAGUCUCAUCUCAGCCAAAUUUAGGCUUCGGGUCUCGCGGCACCUAGGUCCACAAAUCUGCUCUCCUUCAUAUGGUAGUCUGUCAUAAACCUCCUGUCUGAAAAAAAAAAUUAUGUUGCUUGUGUGGAGCUCUUGUUCUCCAUAGGAAAUGUUUGUGGUGUUGCUUCCCCUCCCUUUCUCCCCCUCCCGAUAGACUGCUAGUGUAAUUGUACAUCACAAAUGUGUAGAGCUGAUGUUUUCCCCUUCAGAAGCUUUGAUACAAAAUCGUGUUUUGGGCUAAUGCUCAAUGUUUGUUUCCUUUUUUUCUUGCUUUAUUCUUCUGUUUUAAAAUUUUAAGUGUACAACCCUCUUAUAUUUCUGGGUAAAAUUGAUCCAGAAUUUGUUUUUACAUUUGAUUUUGCUAACUCAACUUACGGAUGUGUUCUUUAAUCCAAUGAGUAAAGUUACAUUUUCUGUUCAGGUUGUCAUAUUUUAACUUUGACAGAACUGCCCUCCUUUCAUUUAAGCUCUGUUAGAUGUCCCAUGUUUGUGUGUCAGCUAGUUGCUAAUAGUUUUAUUGAGUGGACAUCAUGAUUUUGGUUUACUUCCCUUUUCCUUCAUACCACAAUUAUGGUAUGAUGGAAUUUAGAAAUUGAUUGUUGCAUGUAAAGCUAAUUGUGUGUAAAUGUGUACAUGUUGUAAGACUGCAUCCUUUCUUAAUAAUUCAUCUUUCACAUAUCAGAGCAUUUAUCAAAUAACCUUGUUUUCUUGCGCCUUUAUAAAAUGGUGUGGCAUCUUAAACUCCUUGUACUGUAAAUGCACUAGCCAUCGAAUUUUAAACUCAUGCAAACUUUAUCCAAGCUUUUGUACUUGGUUGUUGAAAGAUGCCUCAUUCAUUAACCUGCUUUUCUCUUUUUGUAACAUUAGACAGUUCAAUCCUCUGUAUGUCUAGAAGAGGUGCCUCAUUUCUUUCCUUCCAAUGUUUUAUGUUAUACACGUGGAUCUGUGUUGAACAUUCCGACUGCUUAUCAUUAAUGUUAUUGGGUGCCUUGCGGGCAGGGCAAAAGAUGCAUUGAGUCAAGAAUAAUAAUUCUAAGAGACUGUUCAGUUAGAAUUGUUCCAACAAGCCAGUGUAGCUGCCAGCCAGCGUGGUUGUUGAACGCAGUGCCAUUGGGUCGGGUGUCUGCUCAUCAACAACUUGUUAGGGUAUUAUUUUAUAAAAUUGGAAACCCUCAUUAAUAUUCACUCCUUAUUCAUUCCUCUGUCCACAGCUAUCCAUUUCCUUCCCUUUAAGUUCAUUGCUUUGUGUGCUAACUUAAAUUACAACAUGAAAGGUUUUGGUAUCAUAAGUAGGGGUAAGUGAUCAUUUUUGUUGGGCUGUCUUGUAAACAUAUUUUAAGGGUCCAAGGCUGGUGGGAGGGGCUUGAGACAAUAGUGUUGGAGCUAACCUUUGGAAGAGGGGAUUUAUCCAUUGAGUGGGCCCUUUCAGUAAUAAUAUUGGCACCCCCUUUGCAUAAUAGUUCCUGUUAAGUAAUCAUCACAUUUUCAAUUUAUUUUUCUCUCUUGGUCACUGUCUUUGUCUCUGACACAUGCAUGCAAUAUUUUAUGUCAUACUUUACUUAAAUGUAUUGCUGGGGUGCCAACUAUCCUCGCUCAAAGAGAUGCAGUAAGUAAAUCUCCCAACCGUUGGACGGCCCAACCAACCAAGUUUCUUGCAAAUAUUUUUGUUAUUUAGUUUCCAUGGUUAUCCGUUGAGAUGCAUUAGGAAAUUAUUACAAUUUUAAUACACAGUAUUAUGGAGAUGGCCAGGUAAACGUCAGAAAGUUGAUCCUACUACCUACUCUAAGCUUAAGUUAUCUAUAGUUUUGAAUCUUGUGAUAAUGAACCCUAUAAGACUCUGGAGUGUGUGUGAUAGUGGCUUUGACUUGCUUGAACAUUCAAUAGUUUCAGUUCUAAUCUCUGGGCCUUUGCAGUUCUGGUUCUCUUGGUUGCUUUGAGUUGCUAUUUUAGGUUUUUGUUAUGUAACUUCAAUUAUUUCAUUGGGAAGUGCUGCUUCUCUUCUUCACUUUGGACUAAUUGCACUAUAAGCUGAGCUCCUUGCCAUUUAAAAGAUGCAUUUUUGAUCCAAGCUUAGUUACAGAGUUUGUGUCCUUAAGUUUUCUCCAGGCCAUAUUUUGUGCCAUUGUACUCAUAGUUGUUAAGUUCUCUUGGACUGACUAUAGGUGACUGAAGUCUGUUGUAACUGGCACAUAGUCUCUGAGAAACAUUAAGCUUGUGCCUCUUGAUGACUCUUAAAACAGAUUUUUACAUCCAGUUUUGAAUGUCUCAAGUCUGCAUCAGUCAUGCCACUAUCACCACAUAGAUAUAAAUUUAUAUUAAUUUUCUUAUCUAAAGAGAAUCUUACUUAUACCAAAUUGGAAUCUUGCCUGGGAACUGGCUUCUCUUCAAGAAAGCUGCUUUCAGUGUAAUGAGUGUAGCGCACAAGUAUCUUCAUUUGGACUCAGCUUCAAAGCAUGGUACAUUUCAUGGAUGGUUAAAAUUUAUGUCUAGUUUAGGAAAAAUUCCCGUCUUGAAUUGCAUUGAUGCUUUGUAACUGACUCCUCUCUCCCUUUUCUUGUACAUUCAUUCUAUUUACCCCCUCAUUUUGAUUUCUAUAAUCUUUUCAUUAUGUGUUGUUUUGUCUCUCAAGGCACAAAAUUUUAAUUAACUUUGCUCAUUAUUAUUGAAAUGCUGGCAAGCAGAUGCUGGGAAUCUGUAUCUAUUUAUUUUUUCCCCAUCUCAUUACUAACUCCUGUCAUUUUUUUUUCUUCUAUUGUCGAAUUUCAUGCAGUCAUACCUCUUAAGGGCCCUUUGCAGUGUUGUAUGUAAUGUGAAUUAUGAUGUUUUUUCCUUUUAGUACCUAAACCCAGUGGUUAGUAUCUUAAUCUUAGUGCUUUCUUGUUCUGUUAAUAACAGAGAGUCAUUAACAUGUUGUUGGUUUUUGUGUAUGUUUCCUUGCUAUGUAAGCCCCUUUAAUUGUCAGUUUAAGUGAGCCAAUUUGUUUGAGAUGUGCCUCAGUUAGAAUUUAUCUAUGUAUUGGAGGUGUGUUGUAGUGGUAGUAGCUCCCCAUCUUGUAUUUAUUUAUUUCAUGCAGUUGCAAGAUCAUUGCCCAUUGCAGAAAGAAAUGCAUCACUUCAUCUGGUGUCCUGAUCAUUGCAUGUCAAUGUGUUUUCCCCUUUUAAUUUCUAUGGCCCAUCAUAAGGACAACUUUCCUGAUAUACCAUUUCUGCGUGAUGCAUUGAGUAGUUUUUAUGUAGUUGAAUGGAUAUUUGUGGGCAGUUUGUUGCCUCUAGCAAUAUGUUUUUAAAAGAAUGUAGUAUCCUACAUUAUCAUUUGUUUGUUUUACUGUUGUUGUUACUUUUAAGUUUACUUCUUGUUAUGAAUCUAGUGUUUGUGUUUUAUCAGCUAGAAUUCAGUUUUUGAGAGAUUGCUCGGUCUGCAGAUGUGAACUAACUUCCUGCAGAGAGUAACUGCACUUUGUUUCAAGUUGGAUGGCCAAUUGAAAGUUGGUGGCAACACAAUUUAAUUUUGACAAAAAGGAUGACCUUCUGUUUUUAUGUUUUGACAUUCAACAAGAAAAAUGGUUGUGACUCCACAUUCUGGUUCAGUUGUAUUCAUUUCAUCAUUUUCCUGUCUGAUGUGAGACUAAUCAAAUUUAUCUUAAUAACUUUUAUACCACUUUAUUAUUUUUUUGUGAAUUGUAUGAUGAAAAAGUUAAUAAAAGUGUUAUCUCCCAUA